AUGGCUGGAAGCCACCUGAUUCUCCCCAGGGCGCUUUCCUGCGCUGUGCUGCUGCUCCUGCUCGUCGCCGUGCUGGGCCGGGGCAAGAGGUGCAGCAUCGCCAAAAUCCUGCGGCAGUACCGCGCCGUCAUCUUCCACGAGAUCCAGAACCUGAAAAACCUGAGCGGCUCAGCGGAGAGGAGCAGCCGGGCAGGGCUGGCUUGCCGUUCGGACAAGGACCAGAAGAUCCUGCUGGCCAUCUACAACAUCAGCAUGUCCCUGCGGGACGUGGCGGGCGGCACCCUGCGUGGCCCCGAGGAGGUGGCGGUGUGGAAGGUGGCCAGGAACACCGAGUUCGUGCUCAGGGAGAACUGCAGGAAAAUCGGCAAGAGCCCACCCCGUGCCCCGGCACAGCCCCGCCGCAGGAGGAAGCAGCUGAAGGAGAUCGCGAGGAAGGCGCAGCGGCUGGCGACGUGCUGGGAGAAGCUCUACGCCCUGCACGUGCCCCACCGGGGCUCCUAG